UAGAAAUGUAUAGAAGGACUUUCAGGGUUAGGAGGAAAGUGAGAACUUCCUCAGCGUACAGCCAGUUAUUUAUAGCAGGAACUGAACCUUGUUUGAAGAUUAGCUGAGUUAAGGGUAGAAAUAAAAUUUUAUUUGCCAUGUUUUUUUUCUUCCCAAAGAAAUACCAGUUACAUUUUUUCUUUUUCUUCUUCUUCUUCUUUUUUUUUUUUAAAACCAGACAGGGUUUUUCCAUGUUGCUCAGGCUGGCCUUGAACCUCGUAGGUCCAAGUGAUCCACUUCUGAGUACUGGGAAGACAAGCGUGUCCCACCACCCCUACUUUUAAACAUUUUAAGAAAACUUAUGAUGAAAAGUGAGAAAAGGGAAAAUGUUAAUGUAGAUUUCAUUUGGGUUUUGUGGAAUUUUUCAUUUGCUUUGAUGGGAAUGGGGUAUUUGGAUUUGCUUUGGAUGGAUUUAAUAUUGAGGUUAGUAAGACCAAAUUAUGAGACGCCUGCCUGCACUGUACUUUGAGUCUCCAGAUCACCAGGUCUGAUCUGGUUUCAUAACUUGUCCCCACUCCCACUGGCUAGUGAUUUGACAUAAUUCUUUGUCUAAUAAUGUAGCUGAUGGGUGAAAGGGCAUAUUUAGGUCAAUAUAAAAUGAGAGCUAGCAUUUACUGAGAACAUACUGUAUGCCAGGCACCAUUCAUUCUAAGUGUUUCCAUGUGUACAAAUGCCCCUUACCACACUGUGAGGUAAGUAUUAAUAACCUCCUCUUACAGAUGAUAAACAGAGCCACAAAGAAGUCAAGUCAUUAAUUAGGAUUAAAAUUAGGAUCAGCCAAGAUCAAACCACAAAAAAAUUGGUAGUUUGAACCCAGAGCUAGUGCACCUUAACACUGCCUAUGCUGUGAACCAUGCAGUCUUGUGAAGGCUUCUGUGUUUACAGCCUUCAUUCAGGGUCUUUUGAUUACACACAAUUUCACCAUGUUUUCCAAGCUAAAGAAACUCACUGAAAGCAUCUAAAACAAUGACUUUCUCACUUCACAUUGGCAGUCUAAUGCAUUCUGACAGCUGAAACAACUGUGGUGUACGUUUUCUGGAGGGUUCAGCUUGUGGCUGUGCAGCCCUUCCUCCAAAUCCGGGAACCACAUUAUCCCUUGUCUCUGCCAGGUGCUCCAGUUAUGGAGAUUCUGGCCCUAGCGUCAGCGUAGCACAUGCUGGGGGCACACAACACAACAGACCCGCGCUUCACGCAGAGACUGUUCUACUGAUGUCCGGGAUUCGCUGCGGUUAUUCGGUAGCUUUAGGAACGACUUCAUUUUCUAGAAGUGCAUGAUGCAAGGAACAUGUCAUUCAAGAAACGUGCCUUGAGCACUACUCCAUCUUUACAAUUAAGGAGUCAAAAUGGGAGUCCGCACAUCCGGUUGGUUAGAGGGUUAGCAGGGUAUUUGGGGAAAUGAGAAUUAAAGCCCAAGGGCUUUAAUCAGAGGGGUUAGCAGGGUAUUUGGGGAAAUGAGAAUUAAAGCCCAAGGGCUUUAAUCAGAGAAGCUGCAUCUGAAUGUUUCAAGUCUACAAACCUUAGGCGGUUCCUUUAAGCUGUGGAGCUGCGGCUUCCCGGACGUGGAAGAAUGGCCCGCCUCUAGCCUCUGUCACGAGUGACGACGCUAAGCGUUAGGGGUGGCUUCUGGGUGGGGCUGCGCCUGCGCUGCGUGGAAGCUUCGCCGAGGCUUGCGCCGAGGAAGCUUCCCAGGAUCCCGCGCGUGCGUACUGCCGCUGCCGCCCCUCCCCCCCCAUCACACCACCACCACCACCACCACCAGCCCCGCGCGCGCCUUUCACAGCCCGGGCGUGAGACAUGGUGUUGUCAGAGCUGGCGGCGCGCCUCAAUUGCACUGAGUACAAAAACUGGGUGAAGGCAGGACAUUGCCUGCUGCUGCUGCGCAGCUGCCUGCAGGGUUUCGUCGGCCGCGAGGUGCUCUCCUUCCAUCGCGGACUGCUCGCUGCACUUCCCGGCCUUGGUCCCCACGCCACCUGCCGCGGCGGCUCCCGGUGCAGCCCGCGCGCUCGCCAGUUUCAGCCUCAGUGUCAAGUGUGCACAGAGUGGAAACGCGAGAUCUUGAGGCAUCACGUUAACAGAAAUGGAGACGUGCACUGGGGAAAUUGCCGGCCUGACCUCUGGCCGGUGGACGCUUGGGAGGUAGCCAAGGCCUUCAUGCCUCGAGGACUGGCAGACAAACGAGGACCUGAGGAAUGUGAUGCAGUUGCUCUGUUGAGUCUCAUCAACUCCUGUGAUCACUUCAUGGUUGACCGGAAGAAAGUCACAGAGCUAAUUCGGUGUCGGAACGAGAUAAUGCACUCUUCAGAGAUGAAAGUAUCUUCUACAUGGCUUCGAGAUUUUCAGAUAAAGAUCCAAAAUUUUCUGAAUGAAUUCAAGAAUAUUCCAGAGAUUGUAGCAGUAUAUUCUAGAAUAGAACAGCUGCUGACAUCUGACUGGGCUGUUCACAUUCCUGAGGAGGAUGAACGAGAUGGCUGUGAAUUCGAAACAGGAAGUUACUUGAGUGCGAGCCAAAUCCAUGAAAUUGAAACGGAACUGCUGAAGGAAAAACUGCAAGAGAUGUAUCUUCAAGCAGCUGCAGAAGAGGUGUUGCCAGAAGAGAUCUCGAAUCAACUGGAUGUGGUGAAAGCGUUUCUGAGAAACAACACAGAUCUCAGAAAUGACCUUACAGAAGAUGUGCAGAAGCUAGACAGCCUCCAUCUCCAGCAUCAGAAACAGACUUCAAAGGAUGCUGAGAGACAGCCACCUGAAAGGAAGCCUUGAGGUCAAUGGAAUCAGACUUCUUCGUGUCAACUCUGGACUUUGCUGUAUUCCCAAAACUGCCUAGAAGAAACGCUCCAUGCCAAGGCUCAGCAAACAUGAGUCGCUCCUUCACCUGGUCAGCUGCCUGCCCAAGAUUGAGUCUUCAGAGACUGGCUGGAGAGAGACUGUAUUUGGCCUAUAUUUCGACUUUAGAACCCGUGUGAAUGCAAAUGUGCCUGCAGCUUGGUGGUUUCAUUUCCUGGUUGCUGUUUGCUCUUCAGUCUUACCUUUGCUUUCCCCCUUCAUUGGUCUCCCUUCUCAAGUUCCUUGAGAAUUCUUCAGGAGUAAAACAAAACUUUGCAUUUAUUUUGCAACUUUGCCAAAACAAACAACAGCAACAACAAAGAAAACCUAAUGAAAUACCUCCUUUUUUGUAGAUCUGAGGUACACAUCAUGGACUCUUGAUUCACUAACCCACAAAGACCUGCUUUCUAACUAGGAAGUUUAAGAUCUGAACCUUUCAGUUUCCACCUGUGUCUAGUUAGUUUGUCCUUAUCAAUCAGCACGCACUUACCAGUGUCAACCCUGUGCCAGACACUGAAGUGGAUACAAACGUAAAAACGGGUGAAGUCAUACCUUACUGGCUUGUUCAGAAAACUGUAUGCUAGUAACAUUUCAUUGCAUUGAAACAGAAAGAAAGAUUUGUUUAAAGGGCUCUAAAGCAAGUGUGCUCUAUACUGAGGCAUCAGCCUGUAGGCAUCUCUUCAACAGGACUGUGCGUCUGGGCACAGGGUAUGUACGAAUGGAUGUUCACCACAGCAUUGAUACCCAGCCGCCAGUAGAGAGGCCCUGCUAAAUAAGGCAUAGAACAUAGUACUAUGUACUCUGCCCCAUAACUGUUAGAAAGAAUGAGCCUGUGCUGCAGUACAAUAAUGGGAAUUACCUAGAAGACCAGCAUGCAUGACGCCUUGAGUUAGAUCCUUGCUCCACGGGCAAAUAAGUAGAAAGUAGAAAAGCAAAGUGUUUAAUAAUACCUAGCAUGCUACAGUGCUGUUUGUAUUGUAUAAUAACUGAGGUCUGGAAAGGUUUUUUUUUCCAAGUCUGUCUGCUGUGUUAUGUCUAUGAGAGGAUUUGGGACUGUGGGGAGUAGUCAGAAGGAAUUUAUCUUUUGUAUAUUCUUUUUAUAAUAAAUACGCACUCGUGUAUUUUGAAACUUUUCAA